AUGACGCGCGACGACCACGCCGACGUGCACGCGGUCGCGAGGGCGCUCGCGAGGGCGCCGAAACGCGCGACGCGGCGCACGGCGAAGGCGCUGCGCGCGCUCGUCUCGCGGCGCGGCGCGCUGACGUUCACGGACGUCGAGGACGACCCGGCGCGGUUCUUCGCCGCGCACCGCGCGCUGGCGACGCACGCGACGACGCUGGGACCGGGAUUUUGGAUACGGUUCACGGUGCAGUAUAACUUGUUCGCGGGGACGUGCGCGGCGCUGGGGACGGAGGCGCAGCGCGCGCGGUUGGAGACGCUGCGACGGCGCGGGACGCUGGGGUGCUUUUGUUUGACGGAACGGCUCGCGGGGGUGAACAGUGGGUUGGUGGUGCACACGCGCGCGGAUUGGGACGGGAAGACGGGAGGGUACGUGAUCAACAGCGGGGAAGGGGACGGCGGGACGAAGAAUUGGAUUUCGCAAGGGUUGACGGCGGACGCGGCGGUCGUCGUCGCGAAUUUGUUCGUGAAGGGUCGAUCUUUCGGACCGCACGGGUUUUUGGUGACGAUGCGCGAGGGGGCGUUCGGGCGUCUGGCGCGAGGGAUCACCGUCGGCGAUAUGGGUUUGAAAACGACUGGUAACGAUCUCGACAACGCCUGGGUGCGAUUCGACGACUUUCGCGCGCCCGCGGAGUCGUUACUGGCUAAAUAUGGGGACGUCGACGCGAGUACCGGUGAGUACGUGGCGAAAAAAGAAGGGAUUCGCACGAUGGACAUGAUCGGUCAGCGUUUGUUCACCGGGCGCGUGGCUGUGGCGCAGGCGGCGUUGACGUUUGUGCGCAGACUCUUCGACGACACGAAGCGGUACUCGGACCAGAAGCCCUGCACUAUGCGCGGUGAUUCGCCGGCGUUGACGGACGUACCUCAACUGCGCGCGCUUUACGAUGAAGGCUACGCGACGAUCGAUCGUUUGGAUGCGUACGUGAAGCAGUGCGAAAAUGAAUUGUGCCAGUGCUUGCGGCGACGCGAAAUCCCAGACGCGGUUCUAGUCCAAGCCAUCGCCGUGGCGAAGAUAAAAGCCGUGGAGGGCGCGAUCGAUCUCGCGUUUCGCCUGAAGCAAGAAGUCGGGUCGUAUGCCUUGAUGUCUGGCACAGGAUUCGACAACACGGACUUUCUGCAGUGCUGCAAAUUUGCCGAAGGAGAUAGCCGUAUUUUGUCGCAAAAGCUCGCGCGCGACUGCUUCGGCGCAUUUCAACGCAACGAUCAACGCAGCGCGGUCGGGGUAAAGUCGGAGAUCGAGCUUGAUUUAUGCCAGCGAAUCGAUGAACACAUGCGAGACGCGCGCGAAGCAAAUGCAAACGUGAGUAAGAUCGAAGCGUGGGAUUCGGCGUGGCGCGAGGUGUAUCGUCUCGCCGAAGUCAUUUGCGAGCGCGUGAUGCAUGAAAAGAGUUUCGCCGCCGCUGCCGCGGCGGGAUCGGUCACGCGUUCGAAACUGUAGCGUUGGUGCGGCUGAUGACUGUAAAUAUUACUUUAGAACUACUUUG